AAUUAUUUAAUGGAAAACUUUGAAGUGUAUGACUUAUCUGGUCGAUCAAAAAAGCCGUUACCGAGUGGACAGUUAGAUGACUUUCUAUUGCCUAUGUCUAUCAAAUCCGAUGACCAAUUGAUGGACGAUGUUUUGAAAGUCAAAACCGAUCCAUUAGUAAGAAAUCCGUUUUCCAGUUCUACUUCUACUUGUGAUAAGAGUUGUCUCUCAUGUCUUGACACUUGUAAUUACAUCAAAGGGGCUAAACUGGCCAAAGAUGUGCCUCUCAUUCAAUACAUGUAUUUAGUUGUUUGUGCAAAGGGUUGCAAACGACUACUCAAUUGUAUUAAUGAUAACUAUUGCUUACCAGUAAUGCAGGAAAAUCCCGACUAUUUUAUUAUUUGUGUUAACAAUUGUCCACUUUUUCCAGUAAUACCCAAGGUUUUUCUCAAGUAA